AUGGAGGUCGACAACGUGCCACCUCCCAUCGGAGUUGUCGAUGAGUCUCGUUUCGAACCAUCACUGGCUCUCCACGGUCUACUCGACUUUACGAUAGACGGCGAGUUUGGAUUUGAGGAUGUAGCCGCUGGCCUCUCCAACUUGCCAACCAGCCCUUCUCAUUAUUUUUCAACCAUUCAGCCACUAAACGCCGGACCUGGAGUGAAUUCCGGGGAAGCCUUCUAUCAACAGAAGCACAUUGCUUUAGGCAUCGAGGCGUACAAGCAAUCCUCUCUCGGUGUCUGGGAGCCCUCAAAACAUGAUCACGGGGGCUCUGGCAUUGAAAGCUUAUCUGCUUUAGGCCCAAGCCCGCCGGAAUCCCUCAGCCUCCCACAGCCCGGACUCGAUCAGUCACAUUUGGACCAGAAGAUGAUUCGCCGAGGCGGUAGGUUUUACGGCCCGCCAAACCACCAUGUUCCCCCUUUACCCGAAGACGUCGGCGCCGUCCUGCACGAAAAGUGGCUGGGCUGGAUUCAUCAAGAGAGUUUCAAUCGACUUGUCUACCGAGCCUUUAUCUCGGAUUCUCAAGCAAGUAUUGCGUUAUCCACGAACCCGCUGAUAUCAUUUGCCGAACUGAAGGCCCCAAUGCCCACUUCGGCGUAUCUUUGGCACGCAAGAAGCGCCGAAGAAUGGAAGUCACUUUAUCUUGAGAUUCCGCAAAGAUCUACUCCUCUGAGUCUUGUCGAGUACCUAAGCGACCCGGUCGAACUUCAGGGCUGUUAUGAUGUGCACUUCUGCCAACUAAUCAUCCUUUGCGGCGUUUGGGGCAUGUUUUGGCACUAUCAUCAACUUCGCGUAGCCCUUGGCAAAUGCAGAGAUACCAAUGCCGGAUUAUCACUUCACCAUCAAAAAAUUCUACAAAUCCUUGAACAAUUUCGAAUCAACGCGCCAGAGGAGGAAGAGCUUCCCGCGCGGGCCGAAAUCACCCUACUCUUCGAAUUGCUAUAUAUGCACCUGCACAUGCCAUUCCAAGAGGUGGAACUAUUUGCCGGAAAGCGGACGCUCGACGAUGCUCGAAGGGCCUUGCCACAGCUCCGCGCUUGGCUCGAUAACGAAGAUUCCCGCCAGGCCGUCUGGCAUGCCGGCCAAGUGUUGCGUGCAGCCGAGACUUUCCGGCCUAUGCACCUCCGCGGCUUUUUUGCAAUCGCCGUCUACCAAGCAGCACUCACCAUAUGGGUCUACAGCAUCGCUCCGCAAAUCAAGGGCACAGAUCCUUCCUUGUUCGGUAACCCUGAUAAUCUCGCGUCGCUAAGCAUUUGCUUGAAUGGACCAGACCUCCCCGCAAUUCAACGGUUUAUAAAUCGGGGAAAGCCGGGACUUUGCGUGAUCCAGCCUCGAGGGGGAGGGUCGUACCCCGAUAUGACGCCGGCUAUCCCACUAUCGGAUCACGAGGCUGUGGUCAAUGUGGUACAAGAGAUACUAAGCGAUAACUUCCGUGGUUGUGAAGCUCCUCCUCCCUUGGUCGAGAACCUUACCCUUCUUCUCCACAAUCUCGGGAGAGCAGCGACCAACAUCAAGACUUGA